CUGAUCCAUACUUUCUUGUUGCCAAAGUUUCUUCCUUUCCAUUGGCCGCCCCUCUCUCUCUCUCUCUCGGCCAAAGAGGGAAAACAGAAGCGUUCGUCCCCUGGAGCAAGCGAACCAAGAGAGAGAAAUUGGAGGAGGAGAAAAAAGGAAAAUGGCGUCCAAAUCGAUCGAACACGAUGUGGCAGCGAACCAUGACAUCCUCCGUCUCGGAUUGAACGGGAUUAAAGGUGACAUCGUUGGAUAUCACCCGCUCGAAUCGCUUCGUGAAUCCACAAGUAGGUUUUGGGAGGAGAAGAAGCGGACUGGAUUAGCUCUAACCUAUGGAUCGGCUUUUAAUUUGAGGAAGGAUCUUGAUGCUCAGAUCCUUUCGAGGAGCAUCUUUAUGCAUGGAACUGUAAGUCCUCUGGAUGUUGGUAAUCUUUACACAUAUGAGAAAGUUGAUAUGUUUCAAACGACAACCAUAUUUAAGCUUUAUCGGCUUGGCAUACUUUUUUGGUGUCAUCAUUCAUUUCUUUUCAUCUUGGUGCUAAUGACAUUUAGAUGCAAUUGAGGAAUUGCCCUUCUCAUUUGAAGAUUAUUGCAGCAAUUUUUUCAAAACUUGACCCUACCAUACCGUAUCAAGUAUCAACUUUGCAUAUCAUGCUAUGUCGACUUGUGUUGCCACAAGGUUAUCAUCUACUUUAGCAACCACGUGCAAAUGCUGGGGGUGUAUGCAUCUUAUAUUGUAUCAACUCUUCAUUCGUGUGCAUAUUGACCUUUAUUGACAUCGGAGUAUCAUUUGGUUCAACAAAUUGUGAGUAGUUUACAAGAGGCAUACCUCAUCUCAUGCCAUUCCUGCAUGUGAGUGUAUGGGGUACGCCAAUAGAUUGGAAACCUUCAUCAAAAGACAUAGUGGUGCUUUUACAAUAUUAUGUGCAACUUGACUUUCUUGGUUAUUGCAAAAAAAAAAGGGCAUCCUAAUGCACGAGGCUCCCAUCAUUAGGAGGGGGGUCUAGGAAGGGUCAGAUGUAUAUAGUCUUGCCCCUACAUGCAAAGGAGUUGUUUCCAUGUUUCAAACCUAUGACAUCUAGGUUGCCAUGGAGCAACCUCAUGUUUGUGCCAAGGCUCGCCCUCUUGUCCAUUGCAAGUGCUAGUAUUUAGCCUAUGAUUUUGCAACUCUCACUUUGGCUUUGCCCUUUCGCUUGGAACUCAAGCAUCUUUCUUCUUAUUAGUAUUAAAGAUAUGGUACUUGUUUCCCCAUUGACUUUCUAAAUUCUUUUAAUGGCACAUAUCCAUAUACUUCCACUGCAUUCCAUAAGCUAAAAUCAAGAACUAAAGAACCCCUGCUUCUUCUUUGACAACUUGCUUUUUAUGAACUACAUGAAUUAUUAUCACUUCUGUUUUUUUAGGAUUUCUCUACCUAGUAGCUUCCAAAAUCACUAAGCUAUGAUAAAGGUACUUGAUCUUUUUUUUUUAUUAUUUUGUGGUAGCUUCCACCCUCCUUCCUGUGACUCAAGGAGUGGCUCUUUUCUUGCCUGACUUCUUUUCUUUGGAUAAUGCUGCUGAUUUGACUGGAGUAGUUAUAAUGCCCAUGUCAACUUUUUCAUCCAUGUCUGCCACUUUUAAGUGCCCUAUGCUCAAGACACUAACCAUCAAUGAAGAUGAACAAUUGAUUGUUUGCAGUUAUAUACAUCAACAGAAUAGACCAACCUUGUCACUUGUGCUUCACUUGUGGGAACUUCUUCACAUAGUGCCUUAGUUGAUUUCCCUUUGUCUGUUUAUGUGCCAAGAACUUAAUUAUCUUGAUUUAUUUGGGGUCUUAAACUCUUUUGGAUCCACCUGUGUCAAUAAAUCAGAGUCUUCUGAAUCUUAUUGCUAUCACAACAAUGGAACAUCGAGAAGGUAUAUGCAGCAAUCAAAUUCCUGCCUUUUCAGCAUUGACAUAUAAUUUUUUUUUUUGCUCUCUUGUAAUUUGCAUUACAAAGAAGGGAGAAUGAAGUCUCUGAAGGUCAUAGUAGAUGUGCCUUUUGUAAGAUCAUAUCAUUUGUUAUUGCUUAAAAAGUGAAAUGUGAUUAACAAGAUCAGGUUCCGUCUUUUUGGAAGAUACAUUGAUGAUAUAUUUGCAUAAGUUAGAUUAUGGAACUUUCUGCAGUCGUUAGCGCUAUGUUUUAAGAUAGUGCCUUUGCUUUUAUAUGAGGGCUUGCUAGUGCUGUAGAACUGUAAUUUAAUAUUUAAUCAUAAUAAAUAGACUUAACAAUAGAACGUGAUUAUAAUAAAUAUAAGUUGGGGGAUGUUAUGAAGUGUCAUGGUUGUUGCAGUUGCAGUCCUUGGAAACGUGUAUAUUUUUGGCUUUGUUAAGAUAUUAUGCAGAUCAAGUGCAGCAUAUGUAUUGAUAAGCACUCGUACUGUUACAGUGGUGUGGUAUCUCCAAUUCUAGGUAGCCUCUGGCAUGUACUAUUCAUAAGAGGGUUCAUCAGCAAUCAAGACAAACUUCCUAAUAAUCAAUAUUGCAAGUUCUUAUGAAACGUUUUCAGCAGUGCUAUGUCAUAUGAUGGAAUAAUAACAUAUUAUACUCUUCCCUCAUAGUAAGGGGUUGUCAUUCAUUGCUUAGGAAGUAGAAAAUAUGCAACCAUUGGUUAGAACUGAAAAUUUGUGAAUUAUCUGGUAUCCAGUGAUGUGUGUUAUUGAUAUGGACCAUCUUGAUUUGCAAAGAAGGGAAAA